AUGAAGGACACGAAGAAGCCCACGCGGACGGCGUCUCGUUUAGGCGGGAGGCUCAUCGGCGUGGCAUCCAUGCUUCUCUUCGUCUCGUUGGGGUUCGUUCUCGGCGUGACCUCCUCCAACGCCAUGUUCAUCCGAUACUACCUCCCUUUCAUGCCACCGUUACGCUCUAGUGCUGCGCCGUCGUCGUCUUCGCCUCCGCCGCUGACGACGCCACCUCCUCCUCCGCCGCCGCCGCCGCCGCAAAACCCGCAGCUUCGGUCGGCGGGCUUCCUUUCCCCGAGCGGCGUCAUGCACAACAUGACCGACGAGGAGCUGUACUGGCGAGCGUCCAUGGCGCCAAUGGUCCGCCGCACGCCGGUCAGCCGCGUGCCCAAGGUGGCUUUCUUGUUUCUGGUCAGAGGGGAGCUGCCGCUCCGGCCUCUGUGGGAGAAGUUCUUCGCGGGUCACGAAGGGCGGUACUCCAUUUACGUGCACGCCCACCCGUCCUACACCGGCUCGCCGCCGACGGACUCCGCGUUCUACGGCCGCUACAUCCCGAGCCAGGUAACCAAGAUCCAGAGCAGUCGAUCUGAAAAAAACAACAAAAUGUACGGAUCAAUCUCGUCCUGCACUGCAUUUGCAACGACGCAACUACACAUUUCAUCAUCUCGGUGGUUUGAUUGCAUUGCAGAUAACGAAAUGGGGCGACGCGAGCCUGGUGGAGGCGGAGCGGCGGCUGCUGGCGAACGCGCUGCUGGACCUGGGCAACGAGCGGUGUACGACUUCCCCACCGUGUACGCCUUCCUGACGGGCUCCGACACCAGCUUCGUGGACUGCUACGAGAACGGCGGCAGCCGGUCGCGGUACCGGCCCUUCUUCGCCACCCGCAACAUCACGCUGGCGCGGUGGCGCAAGGGCGCGCAGUGGUUCGAGAUGGACCGCGCGCUGGCGCUGGAGUCCGUCGCCGACGAGCCCUACAUCCAGAUGUUCCGCGACUUCUGCGUGGGGCGGAGGGAGUGCCUCAUCGACGAGCACUACCUGCCGACGCUGGUGAGCCUGCUGGGGUGGGGCCGCCGCAACGCCAACCGCACGCUCACGUACGCGGACUGGAAGCGGCCCGUCAACCGGCACCCGCACACCCACGGCGCCGACGAGGUGACGGAGGAGCGGAUCAGGGAGAUCAGGGAGGAAGGCGGCAGGCGCUGCUUCUACAACGGCGCCAGGAAGGGCAUCUGCAACCUGUUCGCGCGCAAGUUCUCGCCGGACACGCUCCAGCCGCUGCUCCGGCUGGCGCCCAAGGUCAUGGGGUUCGGGUGA